UCCAAAUCCAUCUUCAUUCUUGUUCAGCUUCAUCGUCCCUAUCUGCAUAUUCCUUCGCAUUUUCCUUCACCUUUGCGUGUGUAUGUAUGUAUUCAUCUUCAAUCACACAUACAUAAAUACAUACAUACACGCAUAAUCUUUCAACCCUUCUUAUAUAUCUUUCUCCGCAUUUUUUUUGUUGAAUCCUUAGCUAUUUGCGUUUCGAUUCAAUUCAAUUUUUGAUAAUCAUGAACGGUUUAGUCAACAACGGUAACGGUGGCGUCAAAGCUGUUCUUGAUAAGGCGGAGAAGCUUAUUAUUGAUACUGACCCUGGGAUCGAUGAUAGUAUGGCGAUCUUGAUGGCAUUUCAUUGUCCUGAAGUGGAGGUGAUCGGUUUGACUACUGUUUUUGGGAAUGCUCAAACUGAAGAUGCUACACGUAAUGCAUUGCUUUUGUGUGAGAUCGCAGGCCGUCAGAAUGUUCCUGUUGCAGAGGGAAGCACCGAGCCAUUGAAGGGUGGAAGGCCUCGAGUUGCUGAUUUUGUUCAUGGUAAAGAUGGAUUGGGAAACCUAUUCCUACCUGACCCUAAAACUAAUAAAAUUGACAAAAGUGCUAGUGAGUUUUUAGUGGAGAAGGUUUCUGAAUCUCCUGGUGAAGUAACCGUGCUUGCACUUGGACCACUUACAAACAUAGCUCUAGCAAUCAAAAGAGAUUCUUCUUUUGCAAGCAAGGUGAAGAGAAUAGUUGUACUUGGCGGUGCAUUUUUUGCCUUGGGGAACGUCAAUCCAGCUGCAGAAGCAAAUAUAUAUGGAGACCCAGAAGCAGCAGAUGUUGUGUUUACCUCUGGGGCAGAUGUUGUUGUUGUUGGAAUAAAUAUCACAACCCAAGUGCAACUUACAGAUGCCGAUCUGCUUGAGCUGAAGGAAUCAAAAGGAAAGCAUGCAUCUCUUUUGAGUGACAUGUGCAAAUUCUAUAGGGAUUGGCAUGUAAAAUCUGACGGUGUAUAUGGAAUUUUCCUCCACGACCCUGUUAGUUUUGUGGCCGUUGUGCGUCCAGAUCUUUUCACAUACAAGAAGGGAGUAGUGAGGGUAGAGACACAAGGCCUCUGUGUUGGACAUACUCUACUAGACCAAGGACUAAAAAGAUGGAAUAGUAGCAACCCAUGGACGGGUUAUUCUCCUAUUUCAGUUGCUUGGACUGUGAAUGUCGAGGGAGUUCUUAGUUACAUCAAGGAGCUGUUGAUGAAACCCUGAAGUAUAGGCAUUUGUACAUGUCAAAGCUUUAGAAAAAGUUAUGUAUAAGGUCAUUCUAUUUAUUUAACUGAUUGUAAACUAGAACUUUGGGUAUCAAGGGCCCAUAAUUGUUCCCUUGAUCUUUAGGCCUAUGAGUCCUUGUCCCAGUCAAUCUUAAUAGUUCACGUACCAAUAAAUUUCUCUUUACAUGAUAUAAUUUCUUUACGAUUCACCGCUUUGA